UCGUUUUGACAGCACAUCAUCAAAAACUCCAAGCGUUUGCUUUCGCCGCAUGCCGGAGCCUUUUCCUCUGCUUUCUUGAACAACAUCGCGCAUCUUCUUGCUCUGAGAACGUCUCUCUACUGAGGGAGACACGACAAAUUGGUUUUAUUAUCGGUGAGUCAGGUUGGUUCCUUCUCUUGACUCAAUCAGCUCGUCUGAGGUCGUUGUCUGUCGGUCACAGGCACGCGUUUUGGAUUCGAGGGAGAGCUUCGUUAUGACAAUAGCUCGAGAUCUCUCCCUUUCUGGUCCUGUUCUUUUUUCCCACUUUCUCUGACACACACAUCCGCGUUCCCGGCACUCAUACGUCAAUCGAAACUCACACUCCCCGCCUUUUUUCUUUGUUCCAUUUCCCCAUACAGCUCUUCCUCCACAAUUUGGGUGAACCACACCCUGCCCACCCCCCCACCUACCAAUUGGCAGCUGUUUUACGACUAAGUACUUGACCCGCGGCUCACCUCGGCAUUUUGACAACCGUUAGCGAUUGUUGAUUGACUCAGCUUGCUCUUUCGUCACGAGGUCCUAACGUUUUUGUUCUGUUCUAGAGUACAUAAAUAUAUAUAUAUAUAUAUACAUAUAUAUAUAAACAGCUUCGCCUCCCCUUUCUAGGAUAACGGAGCUUUGCAAACACCACACCCACCCACAUCACCCCACGCACACAACAUCACAAUGCCUAGCACCGAGUCUAUCCUCCAGGGCGUCAACGUCCUCGGCCCCGUUUCGGAGUCACAAAAGAAGAUCCUCACACCGGAAGCUCUUGCUUUCUUGGCCCUUCUCCAGCGGUCAUUCAACUCUACUCGCAAGGCUCUCCUUGAGCGCCGCAAGAUCCGCCAGGCCGAGCUCGACAAGGGCGCUCUGCCUGACUUCCUUCCCGAGACCAGACACAUUCGCGAGAACCCAACAUGGAAGGGCGCGCCGCCCGCUCCCGGGCUUGUGGACCGCCGUGUGGAGAUCACGGGCCCUACUGACCGCAAGAUGGUGGUGAACGCGUUGAACGCUGAUGUGUGGACUUACAUGGCUGAUUUUGAGGACUCCAGCGCUCCCACAUGGGACAACAUGAUCAACGGCCAGGUCAACCUCUACGACGCCAACCGCCGCCAGGUCGACUUCAAGAUCGGCAACAAGGAGUACAAGCUCCGCACUGACAAGAAGCUCCCCACCUUGAUUGUCCGCCCCCGUGGCUGGCAUCUGGAGGAGAAGCACGUUACCGUCGACGGCGAGCCCAUGUCUGGCUCUCUCUUCGACUUCGGUCUGUACUUCUUCCACAAUGCCUUCCAGACCGUCAAGAUGGGCUUCGGCCCUUACUUCUACCUUCCCAAGAUGGAGUCUCACCUUGAGGCCCGUCUCUGGAACGAUGUCUUCAACCUUGCUCAGGACUACAUCGGCAUGCCCAGAGGCACCAUCCGCGGCACCGUCCUCAUCGAGACCAUCCUCGCCGCCUUUGAGAUGGACGAGAUCAUCUACGAGCUCCGCGACCACUCUUCCGGCUUGAACUGCGGCAGGUGGGAUUACAUCUUCUCCGUGAUCAAGAAGUUCCGUCAAAACUCCAACUUUGUCCUUCCCGAUCGGUCGGCCGUCACCAUGACCGUUCCCUUCAUGGACGCCUACGUCAAGCUCCUCAUCCAGACUUGUCACAAGCGCGGUGUCCACGCCAUGGGUGGCAUGGCUGCCCAGAUUCCCAUCAAGGACGACCCCAAGGCCAACGAGGUGGCUAUGGAGGGUGUCAGAGCGGACAAGCUCCGCGAGGUCAAGGCCGGUCACGACGGCACCUGGGUUGCUCACCCUGCGUUGGCGGGCAUCGCGGUGGACAUCUUUAACAAGCACAUGCCCACUCCCAACCAGCUGUUUGUCAGACGGGAGGAUGUCACGAUUGGUCAGAAUGACUUGCUGAACAUGAACGUGCCGGGUCAGAUCACCGAGGCGGGUAUCAGGAAGAACCUGAACAUUGGCCUGGGCUACAUGGAGGCUUGGAUUAGGGGUGUUGGGUGUGUUCCUAUUAACUACUUGAUGGAGGACGCCGCCACAGCCGAGGUUUCCCGCUCCCAGCUCUGGCAGUGGGUGCGCCACGGCGUCACCACCGCCGAGGGCAAGAAGGUUGACAAGCAGUACGCCCUCAAGCUCCUCAAGGAGCAGACCCAGGAGCUCGCCAGCAAGGCUCCUCAGGGCAACAAGUAUGGUCUUGCGGCCCAGUACUUUUCCGGUCAGGUCACCGGUGAGGACUAUGCUGAUUUCUUGACGAGCCUGCUGUACAAUGAGAUCACAUCUGCUGGUCCGGCGAGAGCGGCUGCUAAGUUGUAAGUGGAGAAGGGGGGUGAUGGGGGGAGAAGUUAAUGAUGAUGUGGUAGUGAGCGAAGAGAAGCAAGACUGUAAACUUUGUGCAUUUGAGGCGUUGCGUUUGAUAUUUUUUUAUUUUUUUUUUUGGUUUUAUAGG